GUGGGAAUCUUUUCACCUCUUCAGAUAUUAUCUUGUGCUCGACUUCAUUAUGGCAUCCAGCGAGCUCCUUGCACAAAUUCAAGCCGGAAAAGGCCUCAAGAAAACGACAACUCGUGACCGAAGUGCACCAGCAAUAGAAAAACCUAAGGGUGGAGGAGGAGGAGGGGGAGGAAUUUCUGCAGGAGUCUCAUCAGCUGGACCUGCAAUGGGCAUGGGUGCCGGUGGUCCCCCUCAAUUGGGAGGCCUUUUUGCUGGCGGAAUGCCCAAAUUAAAGUCAGCUGGGCAGAACAAUCUAGCUAAACCGCCAGCGUUGGGCAAACCUCCAUCAGUUCCAGGAGCAGCUCCAGCGAUCCCUGUAGCUCGUGCAGCACCGCCAACACCUUCAGCGCGCACGCCUGCUCCUGCUCGCGCACCACCUCCGCCAGCACGCGUGCCUCCCGCUCCUGCCCGAGCACCGCCAGUGCCAACGCCGUCUGCCCCGCAUCCGCCAGCACGCGCACCUCCCGCUCCUGCCCGAGCACCUCCAACACCAACGCCGUCUGGCCCGGAUCCUCCCGUACGGAAUGUGCCUCCACCUAGAUCGGCCCCGGCUCCCCCCGUACAAAGUGCACCCAGUCUCCCUUCACGAAAACCACCUGCUGCUCCUGCUCGUCCUAGUCCUGCUCCGCCAUCACGUGCUACUCCUCCUCCAAUGUUGCCUCACCGUAGUGCUUCACCUGCUUCACCACUUUCACCCCCAUCCCGACUUCCGCCCAGUAUACCUUCUCGGAAACCUAAUGCUCUAACUACACCGGGACGUGCACCGCCACCGCCACCUCAAAGACCAUCGAGUGUAGUUGUUUCUUCGCCUGCAAAAUCUCCACCGCCGCCGCCGCCAGCUCGUAAACCUCCUCCUGUUGCACCACCACCUCGUGAAUCGCGUCUAAGCACGCCUCUGGCAUCUGUUGGACUUGCCCCACCACCUCCUCCUCCUGCCGCCAGACCUCGGGUUGCUUCUUCACCUUUGCCACCUUCUCGGCCUGCAACUAAUGGUGUAGCGUCGGCACCUGCUGCUCCUCGUCGUCAAAUACCCUCUCCACCUCCCACAGCUGGCUCACACAUAUUUCCAGUAUCUGAUUUUCCACCUCCUAGACCGUUCGCGGCUGGAGUGAGAACGUAUCCCAGUGGUCGUCAAAAAGGAAGCGACUUUGAUUUCGGAUCGAUGUAUGCGUAAUAGACUUUUUUCUACAUCCUUUCCUCGGGGAACGGAUGAUGAACAAAAUUACUUUCGCGUUCAUUUGCAUUUGUACAAUCCGGCAGAUGUUGAUGUUGUUCUUCAUUCUUGGCAAAUCAUCUUACACUUCACCCUCUUCCAGGCUCAAGCUCCAUCUCACUGUACUAGGAAGACACAGGCUGUUUUUUUCCAAGUUUCUCCGAUCUUUCAGAUCGACGUCGCGUUAAUGAUUGUCAAAGUUGACGUUAGAGGAGGAUACAUGAGUAAACUCGAGUCUCCAGUUUUUUUUUUCUGUUGUAAUUAAACACAUCGCAACUAUUGACGUUCGU